AGGAGGAAGAGGUAGAGGAGGAGACCAAACCUCCAUGAUGCCGAGGGAAGAAGAAGAAGAGGCGGGGACUUGCCCAGUGUAAACAACUCAUGGUGGCUCACGGAAUUAUACUCAGCUGUUUUCUUUCCCGCAACGUUAUGCAAUCGGACUCCUCACUCUUUUAACCCGAGGACUCGUCGCAGGGAAGUCAUUUUUGGGCGUCUGAUUGGCCCUCUGCACCGCCCUGUCUGCCCUUAACGUCAGGUAUAUACUAGAUAAAUUUACUGUUACAUCGAUAAAAUGCGGUGCCAUUACGAGGUCCUGGGCGUUAAACAAAAUGCCACUAAUGAAGAACUCAAGAAGGCCUAUCGGAAGAUGGCCUUACAAUGGCAUCCAGAUAAAAAUCUUGACCAGUUAGAAGAGGCAAAGAAGCAAUUUCAGCUUGUUCAGGCAGCAUAUGAAACGCUGAGUGACCCUCAAGAACGAGCGUUUUAUGACCGUAACAGAGACAGUUUUCUAAGAGAAAGAGGUACUGAAGGAUCUAGUAAAGGUUCACAGAACAUUGAUCUGUAUGAGUACUUUUCCUCUCAGUGUUACUCUGGUUUCAAUGAUUCAGAAAAAGGAUUUUACACUGUUUAUAGACAACUGUUUGAGAGAAUUGCAGUUAAUGAUCUGAAUUAUAUGGAUGAAGAAGAUGACAUCAUAAUUCCAAGCUUCGGACAUAGUGACAUGGAUUUAGAGGAGGUUGCUCGAUUUUACACUUACUGGUCAGGGUAUUGUACUUCAAUGGCUUUUGAGUGGGCUGAUGAUUUGAACAAAGAAGCUCAUCAAAUGGGACGUUGGGUGGAGAAGAAAAUUGAAAAAGAGAACAACAAAGCCCGUCAGAAAGCUCGUAAGCAGUUUAAUGAAGAAGUUAGGGCUUUGGUGGCCUUCGUUCGCAAGAGGGAUAAACGCUGGCUGGAGCGUAAGAAAUUACAAGCUGCCAAAGCUGAGGAAAAAGCUAAGCGGCAAAAAGAAGCUCAGGACAGAGAAAGGGAAGAAAGAAAUAAACAAAUGGAAGAAAGUAUCCAGCAAGAAAGGGAAAAUAUGGCUGCAUAUGAAGAACAGUUAAGGGAAAUGGAGGCCCGGUUUGCAAAGGAAUGGGGAAUAACUGAAAGUGAGGAGAGUGAUUAUGAUGAUGAAGAGGCCCUGGUCAGUCAGGAUGCUGGUGAUGGGGUGGCUGAACUUGGUGACGACGAAGAUAUCGCCGACUAUCUUAUUGAUAAUCUCUAUUGUGUUGCUUGUAAUAAAACUUUCAAGACUGACAGAGCGUAAGUAUGCUCUACAGGUUUUAUGUGCCAGUUCGUUAGUGUGGUGUAGUUCCUCGUUGGAGAAGGGGUUUUCGCUCUCGGCUGCCAAUCCGGUGGUCUGAAGUUUGAUUCUCGGCUCUGCCAACGCGGAAUCAGAGGAAUUUAUUUCUGGUGACGGAAAUUCAUUUCUCGAUAUAAUAUGGCUUGGAUCCCACAAUAAACUGUAGGUCCCAUUGCUAGGUGACCAAUUGGUUCCUAGCCUCGUAAAAAUAUCUAAUCCUUCAGGCCAGCCCUAGGAGAACUGUUAAUCAGCUCAGUGGUCUGGUUAAACUAAGAUAUACUUAACUCCAUUGUGUGGUAAUUGCGAGAAGCUUAACCCGCUUUCAUGU